CACACCAGGGGAAUGGCCCUGGGACAGAAUCACACCACGGUGACCAGGUUCAUCCUGCUGGGCCUCACAGACCAGGCACACCAAAAACCACUCCUCUUUGCCCUCUUCCUGCUCGUCUACCUGGUGACUCUGGUGGGCAACCUGGGCUUGAUAGAUCUGAUCCGCACCAGCGCCCCCCUCCACACCCCCAUGUACUUCCUCCUGAGCGUGCUUUCCGUCCUUGACGUCUGCAAUUCCUCCUCGUUCACCCCCCGACUGCUGGUCAGCCUCCUCGCCACUGACCGGUCCAUCUCCUUCUCGGGCUGUGCGGUCCAGAUGGCUCUGCUGAACAUCUUCGGCACAGAAGAAUGUCUGCUCCUGUCCGUCAUGGCCUACGACCGAUUCGUGGCCAUCUGCCGCCCUCUCCUCUACCACACCAUCAUGUCCAAGCACUUGUGUGUCCGGCUGGUGCUGGCCACCUGUGCCGUGGUGACGCUCAAUUCGGUGCUGCAGACAGGGAAUGUCUUCAUCCUGCCCUACUGUGGUCCCAACAUCAUCGAUCACUACAUGUGCGACAUCCCCCCCCUGCUCCACCUGGCCUGCUCAGACACCGCCACGGCCAAUGUCAUCUUGCUCGUCCUUUCUGCCUCCGUCACUCUCCCCACGAUCUCCGUCAUCGUGGUCUCUUAUGCCUACAUCCUGGGCACAAUCUGCAGGAUGAGGUCCCUGCAGGCCCAGAGCAAGGCCUUCUCCACCUGCGCCUCCCACCUCACUGCCGUCUCCCUCUUCUACGGCUCCGUGUUCCUUGUCUACGUCCAGCCUGACCCUCAGCGGGCCUCCGCCUACAACAAGAUCCUCUCCGUGUUCUACACCAUCGUGAUCCCCAUGCUGAACCCGCUGGUCUACAGCCUGAGGAAUAAAGAUGUCAAGGCCGCUGUGCAAGCGAGGGGCCUUCGCCUACACACAAGAGGGAUGUGUCAGAAAGGUCUCUGGUAGCCCGGAAGACAAAAGCGAAACCUAGAGAACCCAGCCAGCACAGGAGCCGAGAGAGGCAAGGCACAGCCAGGAGCCGGCCCGAGAGCGGUCUCUUGUGACAGGACGUGAUGGAAGAUAAUAUGAGAAGAGGACGUGCAUAGAUGCAUGGCUGGGCCACUUUGCUGUUCGGCACAAAUCGACCCAACGUGCUACAUCAAUCACACUCUAACUUUUUGAAACUAUAAACAACAACAACAACAACAGAAGAAGAGCCUGUGCAGGAUGCCACGUAGGGAACACCACCUUGGUGCUCCCUUGAGUGAGCACCACCUGAGAGUGUCCUCCUAAGUGAAGGAAGUCGGAAAGAGAAAGCUUUCUCCCUGGCUGCAGCUAGCACUGCUGCCCCACGUUUCUGGCCCUGCUCAGCUGGUGGACAAAGCCACCUGCACCAGCCACCACACCACCCUCUACAGCAUCCCACCACACGUCAUUUCUACCGGUCUGAGAUCUUUCCAUCAUUCCUUGAAGCCCAAGUCCUAGACAGGAGCAUUCGCCUGUCUGGCAACAUAACUCUAGUACGUCUCGUGAUAUACUGACUACAUCCAGCAGGGCUCUCUCACACCCACUUAUCUCCCACAUCCCCACGUCUGUCUUCCAGAGCCCUGAGAGGUGGAAAUAGGACCUACUCCGGGAGGAGGGGCUAGGUUCUAGCUUCCUCCUGUCUUUUUUCUUUUUUUUUUUUUUUUUAGGGCCACACACAUGGCAUGUGGAGAUUCCCAGGGUCGAGACCGAAUCAGAGCUGCAGGUGAUGGCCUACACCACAGCCACAGCAAUGGCGGAUCCUUAACCCACUGAGCGAGACCAGGGAUCAAACAUGCGUCCUCAUGGAUACUAGUCAGAUUUGUUUCCGCUGAGCCACGGCAGGAGCUCCCUGUCUUCCUCCUGUCUUGCGAGUUCUCAAAUAUAGGAAGGAUCAUGAUCAGCGAAUGCCAAUGUUUCAACCAGAGCAAUCUUCCCUACAAGGCUCUAUAGGGAACGUUGCCCUCUGAAUACAUGAUGUUGAAGAAAGAAUCCCUGUGGUUUUUGAGUACGGGAAGGAGAUAGGAGUCACGUGCCUUUGUGGGAAGCAAUGGGGCCCCCUCAACAGAGAUCUGCCCUGCAGUUAGCCAGGGACCAGCAUGCACAGAUGCAACUAGAGAGUGUCCUUCUAAGUGAAGUAAGUCAGAAAGAGAAAGACAAAUACCCUAUGCUAUCGCUGAUGUGUGGAAUCUAAGAGAGGGCACAAAUGAACCUAUCUGCAAAACAGAAACCCACUCACAGACAUGGAGAGCAGACUUGUGGUUGCCCAGGGGGAGAGGGACGGAGUCGGGUAGACGGGGAGUUUGGGGUUGGUCGAUGCAAACUAUUACAUUUAGGACAAUAAGGUCCUACUGUGUAGCCCAGGGAACUAUAUCCAAUCUCUUGGGGUAGAAACUUACGGAUGAUUAUAUGAGGAAAAGAAUGCAUAUUUGUAGGACUGGAUCACUAUGCUAUAGAACAGAAAUUGAUACAAAACCAGAAAUCAACUAUACUCUAGUAAAAAUACAAUAAAUUUUUUUAAAAAAGAUUCUGUAACACCAAAAAAGCAACAAUGAGCUGUCAUUUCUAUAUAAUUGGCGAAUUUAAACAGAAAAACUGAAAGACCAGAAUAACUUCUUUCAAUCAAAUUAUGUUUCUGUUUUUUAGACAACGUGCUACUUUUACUGUAAUAGAAAUCAGUCUUAAUAAUUUACGUGAAGGGGUGAGGUGGUGGAAUUUAUCGUGAAACCCAGAUGUCAGCUGGGGUUCUGUAUCUCUUUGGGAUUCAAAUAAAAUUGGCUCGAAGCCUGCUCCACGUGUGGUAGAGCCCUCACAUCCCUGCCAGGCUCCCGGGGGAUCCGAGGUAGCAGGAGAUGGGCUGUAAUGGCUUGUGUUUUUUCUGGGUGCCUCUAACUUGGAGUUCCUCAGUCCAAUGAACGGCUUCAGCUAAUGAAUCACCCGGGGAGCUGGGGCGGGGAAGCACGGGGUUAGGAAUGGAGAUGCUAUAAAUGGGGAAGAGGGAGAAACAAAGCCCGACCAUCCGACCUUCUGAUGGGGAGGGAGAAGGCGGGAGAGUCAGGCAGGUGGGAUGGAGGCAGCACAGCGGGGCUUGAGCCUGGUGAAGAAGACAAAGAACCAGUCGCAUCCCUACCAGACCAAACGCUCACCUGUACCUUCACAGGUAUCAGAGUGAAACAUUUCCUUCAACAAUGAAUGCAUCCAUGGGCGAACCUGUUGAGCAGUGCUUACUGAUGCUCCUGGAAUCACCUCCUGGCUUCAGGUACAGAUUUUAAGUCAUGUUUCUUUGCAUACUGUAUUAGUCAGGCUUCUCCAGAGAAACA